AUGAGUGAUGUCAGCUCAGUGCAGCCUAGUGACUCGGCUAGUAAUGUUCAUACUAAGAGUGCGCAUCCUGAUGACAAAGUGAUGGAGGCUGUAAAGGGAGGAAGGAAUACAUCCGGACUACAUGGGACUCACAGAGUUGACCUGUUGUCUGAAAUUAGUGAAGCAAUUGCGGACGAUAAGCUCACGAAUAACAUGAGCGUGGUUCAACCAGCUCUAGUGCUGUUGGAAAAUCGGGGCGUCCACGCUCUCCAUGGACCCACGUUAUUUGCUGAGUACUGGACGGAACCCGAAGAGGCGGACGACACUGUUGGAGAUUCGAAUCAUUUUGAAUACCGAGGCGAAGCGCGACACACCCAGUUUGGCCAGAUGUUGCGAUGGGAGAAGGUUGCGUGUGCGUUGCUCAAUGCCACUAUUAGGGUUUGUGCAUCAAGUGGAGGAGCGAAAUUCGCUGGCCAUCUCGCACUGAUCGACCCACCGCAGGAUUUAGAUGCACCUAGAAUCAAGAGAAUGCUAUGGUGCGCUAAGAAACUCAAGCAUACAGUUGUGCCGUACUGCGUCGUUACCAACUUUUGGGCUGUGUGCUCUGGACGUGAACCAAAACCGGGAUAUGAAGAAAUGUUGAGCUCGCUGACUGCUAUUUUGUUGGACGACCACAAAAAUCUAAUUAAGCAAGCCAAAGCUGGGGAGGGCUCGAAUUCUUUGAAAAAUGUACGACGGGCAAACUACACGGAGAUUUCACCAAUCGGGCCAGUCAGACCUAAGCCUUGCUCUGAGGGAAACCUUCCGGAUAAUCCGGAUGGUGGUGAGGAGGAAGAGGUAGAAAGAAAUGAAGAGGCGGGAAACGUGGAAGAAGAAAGAGACGGAGGCAGUGGUCCCACGAAUGCAGAUGAGAAUGAGGAGGCCAAGUAUUUGGGCGCAGACGAUCCGGUCGAUAAACCACCAGCUGUGGCUGAAUAUGUCGCCCCUACGCGUGACUUGCCUCGAAGGAUGUACAAGAAAUGCAGAGUAUACUGCGACUUACCAGCAGAGGCGAUAUAUUGUGAUAACAAUCGAGAGACUCGCUCUGCCAAGGUAGGGGGAAGGAUGAUCGCAACGCUAACAGAAUCGGAAGCCACGCGGCUGCCAGGAGUGGUAUUGAGCGCUCCAGUCAGCACGACAGUCGAUGAACUCAAGCUACUUACUUCUGUGGUUUCCUUAAUCAGCUCGCAACAGGAUAUGAACUGGAGGGCGAACUGUCAUUCACUGAACAGAAUUUUCCCAAUCGGGUUACAAAUUUGUUCAGCACAGAAAUGGUUUCCAUUCAUUCAGCCCACAGUGGCACGACAAUCCUGCUUGGCGUGUUGGGUCAGCGUUUGGUUGCGAUGUGAAGAUCGCUACAUCGCGGGGAAGAUACGACAACUUGAUCCAGGCAUGACACUUGAGGUUACUGUUAAUGGUUCCGGACUCAAACCACAGAUGGCAUGGUAUCAAUUCGGUGGCGCUGACGUAGACAUGGACGUCCUCUAUAAAGACUUGAAGGAUGCACAUGAGAAUGGCGGCCUAUACAUACAGGCAGACGACUUAAGCUAUUAUGAUAUGGCAGUCUGUGCCGAUUUGUUAUGCCCUGAGGCUGCUCUUAAGUUCAAUGUGACUUUGAAGGCAGCGCAGCGUCCAAUAAGACCAUGGUCUAAUUGUGUCAAGAUGACCCCUUUCUUUGGGAAAGUACCCACCUUGAGUUUUGGAACACAUGGGAUGUUCCAAGGAGGUGCCCAACAGAAUAAACCUUACGAGGACUGGCUACAAGCAAAUCGCGACAGAAUACUCUCUGCUAAUGAGUACAAGAACAGCAUAUUGCGCAUAGCGAUUCUUCUCGAAAUGACUGAACAAUGUACAAUCGGUUAUUUGAUUGCCAGUUUCCUGAUGGGCGGACAAGGCCUGCGAGAUGCGCAUGGAUGCGAGAUGCUGGUGCCCUUGUCGGGUUUGUGCAUAGGAGGUGACAUAGUCUUACCCAGACCAAGUUUUACCGCUCCAUUGGCAUAUCUCUACACGGAUAGAGCAACUGCAGGAAUUGGUGCUGUGCCAGAAGUUGCUGUGCAAUUCUGUGAACAGUUGGAUAGAAUCAUGGCUGCUAUGACAGCCUGGAACUGUUCGAUUUUCAUUGCAGCACAGGCCUGGCAUAUCACACAAGAAAUCCUUCUGAAAAUUUUAUCCUUUAUCCUUUAUUUUCAGAAGGGGAUUUCAGGCGUCAAAAACGUCACCAACAGUAUUCUCUCUGAAGUCGUUUUCUUCCAUCAUGUUAAAGUGAUUGGCAUUGAUCGAUGA